UUUCAGUAUGUUUCUUCUUAAGCAGCUGACACACUCAUCUCUCUUCAGAAGCGGACAGUAGCUCGACCCUCAACCAUGCGGACUCCGGGGAUCCUGAUAUUCGGCAUGGUCCUGGCCCCCUGCGGGUGGAUCCUGGACCUUACCAGCACGGUCGCACCCAACUGGCGCACCAUCAACAACCUCGCAAACCAGUCUCCGGAUCUGGUGGUGGAACAGGGAAUCUGGGACAUCUGCCUGACCUCCACAACGUCUAGAUCCCAGCAGUGCAACCAGCAAGGCAACGACCAAAUUUAUUUUAGCAACCAGAUCAUUCCGAUCGCUAAAGGGAUGAUGGUCGCGUCGUUGAUUGUGACACUGCUGGGCCUUGCAUUGGCAACACCAGGAGUCAGAUGCUGGAAGGAAAGACCCAGGUGGAUACUGGCGUCUUUGGGUGGCCUCCUUAUCUUCUGCUCCGGAGUCCUGACCAUUAUUCCCAUCGCGUGGUACACUUAUCUCCUCAACAGCCUCAAUUCCACCUCUGUCAAAAGAGAUCCGACCAGAGCAGAUGACAUUCGCGUUGGCUACUGCAUCAUUUUGGGCUUCAUCGGAGGCAUCAUGGAGGUCCUCGGGGGUUUCGUGAUGUUCCUCGGGAUUUUCUCCUGCUGCGGUGGAUGCCUCCGCGGAGAAAAGUCUCGAACCUACACAACACAGCGGCCAAAAACGGACAGGCCAACUCCUCUGCCGAGAAUGAACAUACCAAGAAGCACCAGCAGGAGCACCGAUAGCAGCGUGCCGUACUCGCGGAAGUCACUAGACGAUGAACUGGACUUCCCAAGAGCCAAAACCCGAGACAGAGGAUCCGUCAACACAUCCGGAAGACCGUACGAUGCUGACCUGUGAAAUUACUAACCUAGUCAGUACAUACUGUGAAUGUUUUGUAAGAUGUAAAACCUGUUAAAGACCUGAGAGAUGUUUGAACCACUGCACUUAAUUGAGGUUCUUUGUUGUCACUUAUGGUUCCAUUUAGAACCUUUAACAUCCUUUCGACUGCACAAAAGUUCUUUAUUCUUAGGGUAAUUUAGAAGAAAUGUUUUGCUUUCACUGAAAGGCUCCCAAAAAGGACUAAACCAAAAAAAGAAACGCUUUAUUUUUAAGAGUGUAGAUGACCAUACACUUUUUCUUGCUUUUACAAGUAUUUUACAUGUUUACAACAGUUACUGAUUGUGCUUGCCAGUUGCACUCUUAUGCUAAGCAACAUGAAGGUUGUAAAUAGACCAAAUGUAAAAUUCCUGCCGAAAGAUGAUGUUUGUAAUGCAGGUUGAAAUCAACUCAUGCAUCUUAGUGGAAGACGUAAGCUAAUGAUAUAUCACUAUAUAUACUGCAAGAUUGUAUAAAAACAAGCUCAUUUGAACAAUGAAUUGUGCAAUAUUUUCCUUUGCUGUGGAAAAACAGCCUAAGGUUUUACCCCAAAGAGGUCUGUGAUGCAGUGUAACUAGUAAUACUGGUUGUGUCAGUUUUAUCUCUAUUGGUUCAUGUUUGAAUUGUCGGCUGAUCCGUGAGUCAUGUGAACAAUGAAGUGAUUGACAUGAAGUACAUUGCUCCACAACGUCAAGUUUGUUGUUUUAAAUACGUAGUUUUUGUAUUGUUAACCGUUUUUACAUUUAAACCUGUGGCUGUACAUUAAUAUCACUUAUAUACUUUCUGCCAUUGCAUAAUAAAUGAUCAGCUGCUUCUUGUAUGACAGCAUGACAGUAAGCAGACAGUGUAUAUCUUCAGUCUGGAAGUACAAAACAAACUUGCCUGUUACACAACAAAAGAGAAAUGUAUUAUUAAUAAAGUUAAUCAUUAACUAUAAAACAAAUACAUAUAAGUGCAGCAGUGCAAAUGAGGUAGAAUGGUCUUACGCCAUGCAUCCAGAUAAAGAAAGAUGGGGGUAAAUCAGAUUAUAAUGACUUUAUUUGACUGUAAUUUCCCAUUGGGGUCAAGGUUUGUGUAUUAAAGUACUAUUUAUUAAAAGCAAA